AUGUUGCUUGUCUAUGUUGUUCAUCUUUUCGUAUUCUAUCAAGUAUCGUUAGCAAAUCCAACUAAUUUUGGACGUCACGAUGUGUUGGCUAGUAAUACCAAUGAUGGAAACACGCGAUUCUUUAUUAUUGGUGACUGGGGUGGAUUACCAUUUGUACCUUACACAACGCCAUCGGAAGUUGCCGUAGCUAAUGCCAUGGGCCGUCUGGGUACAAAAUUAAAUACAAGUUUUCAAUUAGCAUUAGGUGACAAUUUCUAUUUUAGUGGUGUUGAAUCGGUGAACGAUCCAAGAUUUGAACAUACAUUUGAACGGGUAUUUACAGCAUCAUCGUUACAAACACCGUGGUAUGUUUUAGCAGGAAAUCAUGAUCAUUUAGGUAAUGUUUCAGCACAAAUUGGAUAUAGCAAAAUCUCAAAACGAUGGAACUUUCCGGAUUAUUUCUAUACAUUCAGUCUAUGGCAAAGUGAUAAACAAAAGAAACUAGUAGAUUUUGUUAUGCUCGACACGGUUAUACUAUGCGGAGGAGGAAAUUCAUCGGAUUGGGAACAUACUCCAUUGAAAGGUCCUGAUAAUAGUUAUCUAGCUGAGGCAUAUUGGCAAUGGGUCGAAGAACAAUUUCGUCAGUCAACUGCUCCAUAUUUGAUAGUCAGCGGUCAUUUUCCAGUAUAUUCAGUAGCUGAACAUGGUCCAACUAAAUGUCUUGUUGAUCGUCUUCGUCCAUUACUUCAUCAAUAUCGUGUCACAGCAUAUCUCUGUGGUCAUGAUCAUAAUCUUCAACAUUUAGCAGAUGAUGUCGAUGGAAUACAUAUGGAUUAUUUUGUAGUCGGAGCUGGUGAUAUUGUACAAAAUAAUCAUGAUCAUGCCGACGAUGUGCCUGCUGGUUCACUCAAGUACUUUUGGGGUGGUGCAAUACUUCUUGGUGGUUUUGGUUUGAUCGAAGUCAACAGUACUCAAAUGACUUUUUCAUUUAUUGAACAUUCAGAAAGAACAUUAUAUCAAACAACAUUAAAUCCUCGAUCUUAA